CAGCCGGUUACGGAGCACAGUUGAACAGCGGCAUUCGGAGCGUACGGAUCAUAAAAAUCUAGUUUGGCGGAAGCGGCAAUUCUUCUUUAAAUAAUUUCAAUUCAAUUCUCCCUCACUUCUCAUUUCUUAUAACACCCCAAAAAUUUAGACAUUUUGAAUAUAAUACCAACAACAACAGCAACAAAAACAGCAGAAACCAAAGAACUUCUCAUCCAUACAUUGUGUAUGUAUCCAGUGGAGGUAACGCGGCGACGACGACGAGACACACAAACGUUGUUACAUCCAUAGAAACAAAGCAAGCCAACAGCAACAAAAAGCAAAAACAAAUUUCGUAUUUGUGCAAUUCGACGACCACGACGACGGCAAAGUACUCACCAGCCCACCAACCAACCAGGAGGUAGGUGUGUGUUUUUUAGAGAUUUGUGGCAGAAAUAGUCCAGCGCUGGAAAAUUAUCCAAUCCGUGUGCUGUUUUUCGGUCCUACGAUUUCUCUGUGUGAAAUAUCAGCUCAGAAGUGAAGCAAAAAAUUUCGGGUGUUAAGUUGUAACCGAUUUUGGAAUUUUUCUUGAGGCCAAAUUUUGACUCCUUUGUGAGUAAUUAAUCAUUAAAAGUGGAAUCCCCAAAGGCAGAAAACUCCUCGGACGCUCAAACAGCAGCCAACAACUCAGGGUCGGCUGAAUCACCCGUCCAAGCGACAACACCGAAAGCAGCAAACAAGACUGCAGCGGGCACCGGCGGCAACAACCGACGACCAAAAAUGGCUGACAACUGCGUCAAGUGCAAAAAGGCCAUCAACGCCAAGGAGGGCAUCACCUGUGCUUGCCAAAAGAAGUUCCACCGCACCUGUGUGAACAUCGACGACGCUCUGUAUGAGGCCAUACAAAAGAACCCCAUGAUCGUCUUCAGCUGUGACGAUUGUCGCCAACAGUCGCCCAAAGCCAUGGCCACCAAACUGCAGGCCAUGGAGGAUAAGCUGAACAAGUUGGUGAAUGGGGUCAACCAGAUACAGGGUCGUAUGUACCAACAGUAUUUCCAAAUGGGACCGAACACCAACAAUGCCAACGACGUGAAAAAGCAGACCAACAGUUUGAUUGUCGUCGGCAACAACUGCAAUUCGGAUCGUUUGCAGGUCGUCUGCGACUACGGCCGUUGGGUGCAGGUGGGUAAAUUUGCCACCUCCACCACUGAGGACGACAUCAUUGAACACUUGGCCGAGGAGUUGAAAAUGAACAAGAAUCUGGUGAAAUGCACCAAAUUGGUGAAAAAUGAUGCCAAUUUAGCUGCCUUGUCCUAUUGUAAAUUCAAGAUUUCCAUACCGGAUUAUCGCUUCAAUGAACUGUUCAACGAGGCUAUUUGGCCCAGUGGUGUUAUGGUCUCACCAUUUACACCACGUUCCCAAUUGAAUCAAAAUCGAAUUUAAGGGAAGAAAAAUUGUGAAAUUUCUCAAAAUGAAAAUAAAAAAUUAAUAUAAACCAGUCAGUCAGUCUAGCUGAGAGAAGAUGGAGGGAGGUAUAAAAGAAUGAUGGUGUGCAAUGCAAAGACAGACCGAGGGGAUCCGACAAAGUGAAAGGGAAGGCGUGAAAAUAAUUGCUGGAGAAGUGGAUGUUUAUGGCGUUUAUGGGACACCUGGAAGAGGAGCUGCUGAUUUCGAAGUUUUGUUUUUAUUUAAGGGUGCUUUUAUCUACUCAAUGGGGGGUGGAUUUCGAGAGAGAGAGAGAAAGAAUACAUACAAUUGUAAACAAAGAAUGCCAACUGACGAGAAUGUGUAUCUCACAACAAGUGAGAGGCGGAGAGUGUUUAUGAAGAGAGAACAUGUUUAUGAACAAGAAAGAAACUAUUGAGAAAAGAGAAAUAUAUUGGAGAGUAGUUUUGCAAGAAGUGGAUACCGACAAAAUAACAGAAAAAUAUCGGAAACCCCCUAAAGUAUGCACCACCAUGCCAAGGCAAUGAACAAACUACAACACCAGCAGCAAAGUAUUUGCAAUUUUUCUAGAAUUUUUUACGCGUUUUCCCCCAAUCUACAUACAAAUCAAUGUGUUUCCCCCUUUUCUGAUGACUUCGUAUUGCAUAUACAUACAUUUACUUUUAUAUAAAUUAACAUACAUAUAUAUCUAUAUAUUUCAAAAAUUUUCAAAUUUUUGCAAUUGAAAACCAAAUGUAAUUGAGAAUUUGCUUAAAACAACAAAUCUAACAACAAGAACUAAUAAAUUUUCAACACAAUUCCAAAAAAGCUUAAUUAAACAUAAUGAUGAAAAAAGAGUAUUGUAUUUCAUAAAAAGAAAAAAACAUUAUUACAAACAAAAAACACAGCAGAUAAACAAACAUAACUUUAAAUAUUUUAGAAAUUUAUAACAGAAAACUCACCAUUACUACUACCACUAAUAUUUGAGAAAUCAAUGAAUGAAGGCAAACCAAAACCAAACAAAAUAAUGAAAUUUCCAAAAGUAUAAAAAUAUUAGAAAUUUGAAUUACACACAUACAUAUAUUUGUCGUAAAAUUACAAACCGUAAUAGGUACUUAACAAAAGCAAACAUUUUUAAAAGUAACGAAAGAAAUCUCCCCCCUCAUAAAACCAAACUAAAAAAAGAUACAAUUUUUACUGUAGUUGAAGCCGGUUCGCCUCAACUCUUCAACUCCCCCAAAAGGGUUACUUUCAAAUUUGCCAAAAGAAAAUUUCGAAUAUAACCCAGGGGGUGAGAAAAGGAUAAUGGGCACAACUGGCGUAUAUAUAACAUUAUAAUGAUGAUGAUGAAUAAUAAUGACUUUAAAGACAUACAUACAUAUUUAAUCGUAUAUAUUAUACUAUUUCUAUUUCAAAUAUUUCCAAAGAUUAUCUUUAAGUAUAUUCCCCCCAACAAAGGUGAAAGUAAAUUUAAAAUUGAAUAUUGAAAAUAAUCAAAAAAUAUAAAUGAUUAUACUAAAAUAAUUACAUAAAUGUAUGAAAAUCUUGAAUGUAUUUUGAAAAAUGUAUUAUUACUUUACACCCACAUACAUGUUUAAUAGUAUUCUUAUUUGUAUUCUCAAUUAUAUUUAUAUGUAUAUGUAUUUCUUCUAUACAAAACAAUUCACAAUUUAAACGAAAGAAAAAAAUUAAUUCCUUCUCUUAAAACAAUUAAUAAAUUGGAAAUUUUCUAUUUAUUUUUUAAAAAAUAAAAAUUUUAUUUAUUUCCCAAAAUAAAAACAUUCCUUUUUUAUUUGUCUUCUUUUUAUAAAACUCUAAAUUUCUUAUUUCUUUUUCAAAAUAUCACCAGAAAAAAAAAAAACAGAAAAUAGAAUAAUAUUCACAAGAAAACAAUUGUCGUAUUAGAAAUGAUCCUUAAAAAACAACUAUUAACAAUUUAUUGUCAUUUUAAAAUAUUAUCCAAAACCAAAAUGUAGUUUGAAGCAAAUUUUUUCCAAAUGCUUGUCGUCGUAAACGAUUUUAGAGAUUUUCAAAAAUAAAAAUAAAAUACUAAAAAAAUAAAACAAACAAAAAAUAUGGAAAAUACAAACAAUAAUGCAAAACAAUAACGGCAAAAAUGAAACAAUCCAUAAAAACAAUUAAAUAAUUAUUCGUAUAAAGGCAGUAGAUUUCUUUCCCGCAAAAUAAAUGGAAAAGGGAAUGAAUUUCUAAUGAUUUCGAAUUUUCAACCCAACAAUUUGGGACCUCAACUUACCUUUAUACGAAUUAAAUUUAAUUAUUUCCACUUUUCCAUUGAGAUUUUCUCUAACCUCUUCUUCAUAAUUCAAUGAAAACACGCAAUAAUAUUCACAAAUAAACCGACAAGAACAACAAUUUAAAUAUUUAGUAUACAAAAAACAAAGGGAAUGGUAAACAAGAAAUAAAAACCAAGCAAAACAGAACAGAACAAAAAGUAAUGCAUGCAUGUAUUUAUAUCAAAUUUUUAAAGAAAACCAAACAAAAUAAAAUUUCUUGAAAUAAAACACAAAAUAGUGUGA